UGUUAAUCAGUGUUUUGACUGCCAAAGUUAGCGGGCUAAAAGCACCGAAGCAGUCCACUGUGCUGUGACCUAAAUUUGUCUAAACCGUCAGAAAAGCGAGGAAGGCGUCUGUGUAGAAAUGACUAUGGUCUGUUUGAAUGAUUUUGAGGAAUAUGCCAGGCAGCACCUCUCAAAGGCUACGUGGGACUAUUAUGAGGCCGGAGCUGAUGACUGUUGCACCAGAGAUGACAACUUGCAGGCCUAUAAACGGAUCCGCAUGAGGCCGCGGAUCUUACGUGAUGUGUCGAUCAAUGACACUCGGACCUCUGUGCUGGGAAUGGAGAUAAGCUUCCCUGUGGGAAUUGCUCCCACGGCUUUCCACUGCCUUGCAUGGCAUGAGGGAGAACUGGCCACUGCUAGAGCCACUGAGACAGUGAACACCUGUUACAUAGCCAGCACAUACUCCACAUGUUCAGUGGAGGAGAUUGCCGCAGCAGCACCCAACGGGUACCGUUGGUUCCAGCUGUACUUGUACCGGGACCGUAAGCUCUCGGAGCAGAUUGUACGCAGGGUGGAGGCACUUGGCUACAAAGCUCUGGUGCUUACAGUGGAUGUACCCUACACUGGCAAACGGCGCAAUGAUAUACGCAACCAGUUUAAGCUUCCACCUCACCUGAUGGUCAAGAACUUUGAGAGAAUGUUCCAGGAGCAGGCAGGCUCUCAGGAGGAAUAUGGGAUCCCAGCUAAUACACUGGACCCAUCAAUCAGCUGGAAGGAUGUGUGCUGGCUCCAGUCUCUAUCACGGCUGCCUAUAAUCAUCAAGGGCAUCCUUACAAAAGAGGAUGCAGAGCUGGCCGUAGAGCAUGGCGUCCAGGGGAUUAUUGUGUCUAAUCAUGGGGGCCGGCAACUGGAUGGAGUACCCGCAACGAUAGAUUGUCUGCCUGAGAUAAUGGAUGCAGUGCAGGGCCGGGUCGAGGUCUACAUGGAUGGAGGGAUCCGCACAGGCAAUGAUGUGCUGAAGGCCAUAGCCUUGGGAGCCAAAUGUGUGUUUAUUGGCAGACCAGCAAUCUGGGGCCUCGCUUACAAGGGGGAGGAAGGAGUGAGAGAGAUCUUACAGAUUCUACAUGACGAGUUUCGUUUAUCCAUGGCGCUGUCAGGUUGCCGAAACGUUGCUGAGAUCAACAGGAACCUCAUUCAGUUCUCCAGACUUUGAACAGCAAAGAGGACUUUAGUCAUUUCUACUUUACCACUUACAGCAGAGCACCGCAAAGAUCCACUUUAUCCACUAUUAAUACUAAAUCUAUUCAAGAAACUACUGUUUUUUAAGUCACAUUUAGCAAGAAUUACAUAUUUAAAAAUGUUCACAGUGUAUGGAUGGUUUUAAUACAGUAUUUGUAUUUCAGUACUCAUUAUUUACAGCACUGCAUAAAUUCCACACUGUUUUGACUGAGAGUGAAGUAUUUUAGAACCUGAUGAAUCUCCACUCAGUAAUUAUCAAAUUUAUUUAUAUAGCACUUUUUAAAAUACAAAUUUUAAGUAAGUCAGUAAUGCGCGAAGACAACAAGGAAUUUCAUUCAGGACAGUGGUUUUGAAGGUGUCUUAUGUAGCUGGCAACAAACUAAUGUGCAAUAAGAAAAGUUUCAGAUUUUGGAGCAAAGUGAGGUCAGUAUGGAACAAAUAUUGAACAUUAAAAUAUCCAGUGUGGCAAAACUAAACAAUACGAGAUUCUCAGAAGUAAUAAAUGAUGGUGUGUGUUAAAUCAGUAUUUAUCUGACAAUUAAUUGCUACACUUUUUCUGUUGACGUCCUACUUUUUGUACGAAGUUAACUCGAUUUUUCACUCUAAAAAUAAACACAUGGUACAAAUGUAUGCAUUUAUCUCAUAUUUAAAUGCAUAUUGAUUCUUUCACUCUGCCCUUUACAUAAAGAUUGUUUGUUUUACAGUAAAUAAUCAGUACUGCUAGUGCAGCACAUAAAAAAUAAAAAUCUGCUAUUAGGCUUCCUCUUUUAACACCGGCUAUGGGUUCACCUCAUGAGUAUCAAACACAACAUCAGAGUGCAAAUGCAGCUGAGGGAAAAGCAAAGGCUUGAACUGAAGCCUAUUAUAAGUAACAUGUCAAAAGGAGGAAGAUAGAACGUUUUGAAACAACAUGUAAGGGUGUGUGUGUGCGAGAGAAAGAGAGCGAGAAGUGACACAGGAAGUCAAUGAGGUUGUGGUAAACAGACUCUACAUACCCAUUUGUGUCGACUGAGUGUGAUCACAGUGUGAUGCUUUGUGCUAAAAUAAGAAGACACUUCUGAAACCCCCAGAGAAAGCACCACGUCUCGAAAUCCUGUAAAGAGCAAAUUUGCAAAGAAGCAGACACAAAAGGCAUGGG